AUGUUUGAAGAGUAUAUUCAAGGCAAGACACUGCGUCGCCUUUCUCGAUUCAGUUGCUCUGUGGGCUUCAUGAUCGAGGGUUACCAAGCAGGUGUCCUUGGAGGAGUCCAAUCAACAGCUCCUUUUCUCAAUGCCAUUGGAAAUCCCACUGGAACAGAAACCAUUCCAAUGAUUGCGUCUUCCUAUACUCUUGCAGCGGCAUUCAUGGCAUGCGUGGUCAUGCUUAUUGGGAUGCCUCUCGGGCGACGGAACUGCAUUAUCAUCGGCAAUGCUUUCAUCGCGGUCGGGGGUUUGAUACAGGCAGCGUCUUUUUCGGUCCCUCAGAUUAUUGUAGCGAGAGUACUUUCUGGUUUCGGUAUUGCGUUUAUAACAUGCAAUGUGCCCAUGUACAUGUCAGAAAUGAGUAUCGAUGCUCGGGGACGUGGUCCAGAAGUGGCCAUCAACUGCUCAUCUCUAAUAUUUGGAGUUGCAUUCUCUUACUGGGUGACAUUCGGAGGUUUCCCCGUUGCUAUCCAGUGCAUUCUCGCUAUUUUAUCCGGCUCAACCAUGAUUUUCCUACCCGACACACCAAGAUGGUAUUACGCCCGAGAUCGAAUUGAAGAAGGUGACCAAACCCUUUCCCGAAUCUAUGGCGUCUAUCGUACGGGAAUCAACAACAGCAAUGAUUUCGCAGAGAUUCGUGUCAUCAAAGAAAGCAUCAUGGAAAACUUUGAAGUGGAGGAAGAGUCAAGCAAUCGUUUGACACUUUUAAGCUUGUUCUGGGACAACACCCCCCUUCGUGUGGGUCGGCGAGUGCGGAUCUCGUUCAUCAUCCUCGCUAUUCAGCAGUCAAUGGGGAUCAAUAUAUUGAUUUACUACAUGACACAAAUCUUUGAGGAGGUCGGGCUAUCGAGCUUCCUAGCGUCUUUACUGGCGGCAAUCUCAUUAACGGUUCAAUGGGCUGGCUCCAUUCUUUGUGUCAUGACCAUUGAGCGUAUAGGGCGCCGUCGGAUCAUGUUGAUUUCGGCUGGAAUUGAGACAUGCUGCAUGCUUAUUUUUGUGAUUCUCAAUCUGAUCAAAAAUAAGACUCUAGCAACUCAGUGGACUGCGGUGGCUAUCAUGUUCCCUUAUCUCUUUGUUUAUGGCUGGGGCUGGGUGGGAUGCCCGUGGCUGUAUGGACCAGAGAUUGCCCCACUUCGAUACCGUCAUAUCGGGUCUGCAGCUGGAAUUCUUGGGGUAUUCGUUUUCACAUUCCUGACUGUUUUUGCGGGCGGGAUUGGACUUGAGACUGUUGGACCAAGAAUUUGGAUUUGGCCUCUCGUCUUUAAUGUCCUGGCCUUUCUAUUCGUUUACUUCAUGUGCCCUGACCCUACCAACAAAACACUUGAAGAAGUGGACGCGCUUUUCGCCCGGGAUGAAGCGGUACUCAGUCGCCUAGCUCAUGUAAACCUUGGCGAAGAUGAAAAGCCUGGUAUGCAGCAGGUUGAGAACGCAUCCUGA